CCCAACAUACACGAGGGAAAAAAAAAAAAACUAAAAAGAAAAGAGAAAGACCAAAGCUUUAUCCUUUUUUAUAGGAUUCUCCAGUAAUUUCUAGUAGUAAAAAAGAAAAGGCGAAAUAUUUGUAGAUAUUUUUAAUUCUUUUAACCUUUAAGAAAAAAGAAAAUAAUCUCGUUUUUACCGGUUUAUAAGGAGAAGUUUGCAUUUUGAAAGCAACUCUGUUUGUAAAAGGCAGUUCUUUGUUUCCUUUUCUCACAGCUACAAGUCCUCGUCUCUCAAAUUUAGGGUUUUAUCUUAUCUCUAUAACUAAACAAAGAAACCCCAGAUUCAGUUUCAGUUUGCUGUGGCUUUUCUGCUUCUCUAAAGACCCUUUUUUUGGUUUGAGAUCUAAGGUAUUUUCAGAAACUGUGUUUAGAUUCUCCUCUGUAGGUUCCACUUUCUGUGUGAAAAUCUAAUCUUUGAGUUUCUUUUAGUGGGGGUUUGGUUCAGAUUGUUAAAAGAGUUUAACACUUUUUUGGCCAUUUGGAGUUUGUUAUGGAAAUGGGUUUGGGCAAAGUUUGCCGUGCUUCUUCACUGACAUUGAAGCAUGGUGUUGUGAAUGAGGAAGAAGAGUUAGGGUUAGGGUUCGUUAGAUACACUCGGGGUUUGGGAAGGAAAAGGGUUGGAAUAUCAAAUGAGAUGGAGGAAUCUUUGCCUCUCGAAUCUGCAACCAAAUUUCCAUUAUUGAAAAGGCAACGCAGUGAGAGGAUCAUGAUGAUGAUGAUGAUGAUGAUUGAUGAUUACCAUGAAAAAUCUACUCUUGAAUCACUUCCUCAAGAUGUUCUUAUUAGGAUAAUUUGUGGUGUGGAUCAUGAAGAUUUAAAGCAACUUUUUAAUGUUUCUAAAUCAAUCAGAGAAGCUACUGUAAUUGCGAAGCAGUUGCAUUUUGCUUAUAGCACACCAACAAAGACCAAGGCUUUUCGAACUUCCACUGAUUUCCAGGAAUCGAGUGAUUUAGACGAGAUUGAAGCACCGAAUGCACCAAGGCAAUGGCGGUCUCACAGGUCAAUCAACAGGAAGAAACUGGCAGAUAUUUCAGUGGCAUUGUUUGCUUGACACGAAAAAGAUUAAUUUUUGUAAAUAGCUUCUUGUUGUUGUAGAUUUGAAAGGGGUUAUCAGUGGAUCUGCUUGUCGGAUCUUUGUACAUGGGUGAGAUUCUUGACAAGCCAUUUCUUCAAAUGUUUCGUUGAAGAUUAGGUUUUUUGGCUUGUUUGUUUCUUUGUGUACAUGACAAAGUAAGGGAGAUUACAGAUUCGAAUGUAUUUGUUUGGAGGGAUAUCUAGACCCUUCUGAUGUGGUAAAGUUGUGAUUCGAGAUUGUACAGUUGAUUCUGCAUGAUCUUUUAUGCUUAAUAAGAUAAGAAUUGUUGAACUCUAGUAAUUUUUGUUUCGUUUGCUAAAGUUCCGUUUAAUGACCUGGCUUUAAUUUUAUGAGGAAAAUGAGGGAAAAUGUCUUCCAAAAGCUACUUUCAUGUUACCAAACGGAUCCUAGAUUUUGUUAGUUAUGUUUGGAUGUUGAAGCUCUAAAAAUCAAUGAUCUUACCAAGCUCUGUUUUUGCUUGGUGGUUAGUUGCUUUUGCAAAUUGCAAAGGAUGGUGGAUUCUCGAAGCUAAAUCAGAAAGUGGAUAAAGUUUCAAAAUUUGCAGAUUCCAUAUUUCCCCUGCUUCAUUGGAUUUACUACAUUUUUUUGCUGCUGAAUCUUGGUGUGUUUUACAAGCUGAACAAUUUUGGCUGCAUGAUCUGUUGUCUCAUGGUGUUUGCUUGAAAUGCAAUUUAAGACCCUUCUGUUUGCAGAUUGGAAGGUGUGUGUCCUUAGGCUUUGAAAAGUUAAUUUUAAGGUCUUACCCUUUGGGCCAUUAGUUCAGUGUUAUUGGGGUCAAAUUUAUGGCUGAAAAUCUCGAGUUCGAACCUCAAUCAUAGUCCAAAAUAAAAAAGAAAAGAAAAACGUGUUAUUCUUUAUAGAAACUUCUGGCAUUCGACUGUACAUCAUGGUUAGCCUCAUUUAUUUAGGGU